CUUGCUUAUUGUGUUUCUCCACCCUCCACCAUCUCUCUCCAUUAUGCAUUUUUUUCCCCCAAAAACUUAUAUCCAAUUACAUAUUCUAAUUUGCAGUCAUGGCGGAUUGGGGGCCAGUUGUGGUAGCAGUGGUUCUUUUUGUGGUGCUAUCCCCAGGGUUGCUCUUCCAGCUACCAGGAAAGGGGCGAGUGGUGGAGUUCGGUAACAUGCAAACCAGUGGAGCUUCUGUCUUUGUCCAUACCAUCAUCUUCUUUGGCCUCAUCACCAUUUUCCUCAUCGCCAUUGGUGUUCACAUCACCACAGGAUAAUUCAUUUAUAUAUAUCUAUGCAAAUACUCAAAUUAUUACUUGUAUUAUUCCUCUCUAGCUGCUGUAUUUGGCUGGUAUUCUCCGAUAAGCUGAUUCUCUCAGAAUAGAUUACUAUGCUUCUAUUGUGGUUUUUAAGUGCUUUGAAUUGUUUCUUUUCCUAGUAAGUAAGCUCUUGGUCUAAUUCUAUAUGUCUGUUUUAAUUUCUUUAUUUUCCUUUUAUAUGUUCUUCAUUUUCUACAUGCUUUGAUUAAUUAUUUUGUUUAGACAUAUUAUAAGAUCACAGCUGAUAUUAUAUAUAUUAUUUUCCUUUA